AGGCUAACGGCUAACGGGGCUAGCUGCUAAAGCAGCGCUAAUGUUGACCACACUUCCGGUCAGGACUUUCAACAUAAAGCACCGGCGGACAGCGUUAAUGCUCUUAUUGCAUCCGGAUACACUCCGUCUGUCCACGUCAGCUCUGACGUCAGAAUCACUCAUUUAAUUUAAGUGUUCGUCAUCACUGACAGUUUCCUUUUUCUUAGAGUACCUCGUCUUACGCUCUUAUUUUGAAGGCUACAUCCACAACAUCCGGGCGUGUGCUGGCUGCCUGUCGCGAGCUUGGCGCAGUAAACAGCUCGCGAGCCGCAGUGGCGCCUAAUGUCGCUGUUUGUGCGCAUUGUUGAUUAAAGUUUGCGCCUCGCUGACCCGCGCGCCCCGCGGAGGGAGAAGAAAGCGCGCGAGCCGCUUCACGCGCGGAGGGAUCUGUUCUGCUCAGCCGGCUAGCGUGCUAACAUUAGCAGAGAAGAGCGCGCGGCUCUCCGCUCAAACCUGCACGCGAUGUCAUUGGUGGACCUCGGGAAGCGUCUGCUGGAGGCGGCUCGUAAAGGUCAGGACGAUGAGGUCAGAAACCUGAUGGCCAACGGAGCGCCGUUCACCACCGACUGGUUGGGGACGUCCCCGCUCCACCUGGCCGCUCAGCACGGUCAUUACUCCACGGCCGACGUCCUGCUCCGAGCCGGUGUCAGCAGAGAUGCUCGCACCAAAGUGGACAGGACGCCGCUGCACAUGGCGGCUGCCGAGGGUCACACGGUCAUCGUGGAGCUGCUGGUCCGGAGCGGCGCCGACAUCAACGCCAAAGACAUGCUGAAGAUGACGGCGCUUCACUGGGCGGCGCAGCACGGCCAUCACGGCGUGGCCGAGACGCUCAUCAAACACGGAGCCGACGUGCACGCGCUCAGUAAGUUCGACAAGACGCCGUUCGACAUCGCGGUCGACAUCCAGAACACGGAGCUGAUGCUGCUGCUGCAGGAGGGCAUGCAGAACCAGGUGAACAUGAACCAGGUGAACAUGAACCAGGUGAGUAUGAACAUGGAAACCAGCAGCACGACCAACCAGCCGCAGUUCAUCAUCCAGGGAAUCCCCGCCAUCCAGGGGGGCGUGGUCAACCUUGCGGAGCUGCUCAACAAGGCCAACGCAGGUGACUCUGAAGAAGCCAUGGCCGCCAGCGCUCUGGACUCCAACAUCCAGCAUGCCGCUGUGGUCAACGAGGGCGGGCAGAGGGUCAUCACCAUAGUAACAGACCAACAUGGCAACCUGCAGACCACCGGAGGGAUGGCGCCGCCGUUCUUUGUCACCAUGCAGCACGGACAGCAGAUGUUGGCGGUGCCGGCUAACACGGUGACAGAGGAGGUGGUGACGGAGGAACCUCAUCCUGCUCCAUCCAGGAAGAGGAAGCUGGAGGCGACCACCAACCACACCGACUCCGGAGAGACGGAGUUGUUGCAGAGGCAGCUGCUGGAGGCGAACAGGAAGGCGCAGGAGUACCGUCAGCAGCUGCUGCGUAAGGAGCAGGAGGCGGAGGAGUACCGCAUCAAGCUGGAGGCCAUGUCGCAGAGUCAGGCCAACGCCAACAACGCCGCCAACGCCUCCGCUGCCAACGCCGCCAGCCCUGAGGAGGUGGUGGGAGGGGAGGAGGACGAGGAGGAGGCAGCUGCUGGCAUGGUGGAGGAGGAGGGAGAGAUGGUGGUGCUGCAGGAGGGAGGCAUCAUCAUGGAGGGGGAGGAGGGUCAGGUGACGCUGGUGGAGACGGGCGGAGAGACGGCGGAGGUCAGCUCCUAACAGAGAGGGGGGAGGAGGGGGGAGGAGGUGGAGACACAAACGGCCUCCCAAAAACUGAAGGAGGAGAAAGACUAAACAGACUGGACAAAGAGGAGUUCAGUCACGCACCAUUUUGAUCCCAGCAGGGAGACAGAAUGGCUUCUCUGAAAAGACAGACGGAGGGACGCCGACUGAAGACAGACGGGGUGCAAAAUGCACGGCGCUGGAUCGAAGGAGACCAACUGAAGGAGUAACUGAGGAGGAGGUGGGAGGCACAAUGUGCCGCCGCUCGGAGGCACAUGUACUUUUUUACUUUCUGUUGUAACCAGUGAUCCCGAAUAGUGACACGAGGUCGAGUCCUCCCUGUACGACGCACCAUUCUGCUUCAAUCACGAGUCUUUGAUUUUAGCUGGUUGUCCUCAGUGUGCCGUUUGUCUCCGCCGUGCUCGCGUGUUUUCCUUCAUCUGAUGCCUUCAUGACACUUUGCUGUAGCCGGCACCAUUUUGUGUCCCUUAAGAGUCCAGGCUGACCUGAGAACAGGAGCUGUUUAUUUUGCUUCCCGAUAAUGAAUCUGAAGCAAGGAAGCCGAAUGGUUCUGAUUGAACGUCGUCUCUGUUUUUAACCCUUUAAAUACUCGCGGUGUGUUCAUGGCCCCAUCGGUCAUUUGGUCAUCGUCUGCUCUCGGCUCACUGCAGACAAAGAGGAGUUCAAGGACGCUCAGAAAUCUGAAGUUUAAAUCCAAAGAUCAGUUCAGCGUCAGUCAAACCUCCAGGCGUACUUCCUGUUGAGUCCAAACUGACCUAAUGUCUCAAAUUCAACAGAACUUUGAUAAAA